UCUACCCUGAUGACCUGCUGUUGCACAAUGCUUACUGAUGCUUAUCCCGUUCAGGGCCUGAACAAGUAUUAGUUUCAAGAGUCUCUACCCUGAUGACCUGCUGUUGCACAAUGCUUACUGAUGCUUAUCCCGUUCAGGUUUCUGUGCCUGUUCGUUCACUGGUAGCUCUUGUUAAGAGAGUGCUGAUGGUCGAUGGCUCAUUCUCACAAUCCUCCCCUUUUAUGACUGCCAUGAGACAGGACUUGAUUUGUUUAGAACUUCCUGAAUUGCAUAGGUGCAGCCUGGAGCUUCUGAGUUCUAAUGUAAAGGGACUUCGCAGUCAGUUGUUACCACAUGUGGCAGAUAUCACACGACUGCUAACAGAAUAUUUUAGGACAUGCGUCCUGCCAGAGCUAAGGAUUAAGGUUUACUCAAUUAUGAAAGUUUUGCUGAUGUCCAUGGGGAUUGGGAUUGCAAUAUAUCUGAUCCAGGAAGUUAUAAGCAAUGCAUUGCUUGAUCUGGAUCCUCAUGGUCGUGAGAGUGGUGGCUCGUACUCUGCUGCACGCUCAAAGACCUUACAGGAUGCACUGCAACAAUGUUUUCAGAGAAAAAGGAAGCACCCAACUUCAGCUGAAUCUGUUGGAGACCAAUCUGCUAAAGGUGGUCUGGAAGUGGAGACAUCCCAAAAUAUGACUGCAAUAUCUGUCAGGAUUGCUGCAUUAGAGGCAUUAGAAGCUCUUUUGAGUGUGGCUGGUGCCAUGAGAUCAGAUGGUUGGCGAUCAAAUAUUGAUCGUCUCCUUAUAACAGUUGCAACAAAUGCUUGCAAAGUGGGAUGGGCUGACAACAAUAGUACCGUAGUUUAUGGUGAAGCUACUCCUAUAUGGGCAGACUUCCAACUUGCUGCUUUACGCGCACUUUUGGCAUCCCUUCUUUCUCCUGGUCGUGUUCGCCCUCCACAUCUUGCUCAGGGUCUCGAACUUUUUCAUAGAGGUAGUCGAGAAUCUGGAACAAAAAUUUCUGAAUAUUGCUGUCAUGCUCUUUUGACCUUGGAAGUGCUCAUACAUCCUAGGGCCCUUCCAUUUAUAGAUCUUCAAUCGGCAGUUGACCAUUAUGGCAGUGCUAGCCUCAACCUUCCAGACGUACACUUCGCAGAUCACAGAAAGAACACUUCAUUUCAUUUUAGCACACUAGGAAAUGAGCCUUCUCAGCCAGAGUCUGGGGAUGAUGAUCUAUACGAAAGGUGGCUGGCAAAUGGUGAUGAAACAGAUGUCAAUGACCUUGGAAAAUAUACCAGCAGUGAUAAAAAACCCUCUGGGACCUCUACCCAUCCAGCAUUAGAAAAGCUUCCUCAUGGUGGUUCUCCUUCUGAAAGAAAUAAGCGUGAAGGUGGUGAAUUUGGGGAAUCAAUGGCUGUUGCAGCUGACAAAGUACCAGUAGAUGGGGAUGAGAUAAUGGUUGACUUGCCGACUCCGGAAAGCUACAAGCAGACAGAGGAACGCGAUCAUAUUGAAGGGCGAAUAUUGGUUGCUACAGCUGGUGGUCAUACUGCCACCGAAUCAGAUGGACUGGUUUCAGGCAGUGCUACAUCAGCUGAUGGUCAUACAGAUUUUGUUGUAGCAGCAGGAAAAGAUGUCUCUUCUUCAGCAAGUAAAAGAAACACUAUGGUUACUGAGCAGAGUGUCACGCCAACAUCUGCGAAGGAUGUGGUGACAAGCCAAGAUCAUGAAUACACUAGGAUUGUUGAAAAAAUUUCUGCUACAAUAUCAAACAUAGGAAGGGGCGCUGGAUUGGUGCUAGAAAUCAAUGAUGACACUUCAAUGGAUUCACUUCCUGAUAUUGUGGAUGGUGAUCCCGACUCUGAUUGAGUGAAAAUGUAUGUGUAUGAUUGGGCAGUAUUCGAUUAGAUUUACUAAUGAAUGUGUUGAAAUUCAUUGUAUAUUGAAUUUGAAGUUCUUCGUAAGCAUGUUAGAAAAAUUAGGGGCUUUUUGAUCCUCGUAAGAGGUUUUACGCAAUUUUGAGAUGAAUGAAUGCAGUAGAUGAUAGAAGGCUUCUCUUAUCA